AUGUCUGUGCUGUCUCUUCGCUGGCAUCCAGGACCCGGCACCCAGCACCCACAGGAGGACCCGGCACCCGGCACUCAGCCCCCAGCACCCACAGGAGGACCCAACACCUGGCACCCAGCCCCUGGCACCCACAGGAGGACCCGGCACCUGGCACCCACAGGAGGACCCAGCCCCUGGCACCCACAGGAGGACCCGGCACCUGGCACCCACAGGAGGACCCAGCCCCUGGCACCCACAGGAGGACCCGGCACCUGGCACCCACAGGAGGACCUAGCACCUGGCACCCAGCCCCCGGCACCCACAGGAGGAACCGGCACCCAGCACCCAGCCCCCGGCACCCACAGGAGGACCCAACACCUGGCACCCAGCCCCUGGCACCCACAGGAGGACCCGGCACCUGGCACCCACAGGAGGACCCAGCACCUGGCACCCAGCCCCUGGCAGCCACAGGAGGACCCGGCACCUGGCACCCAGCCCCCGGCACCCAGCACCCGGCACCCACAGGAGGACCCGGCACCCAGCACCCACAGGAGGACCCGGCACCCGGCACUCAGCCCCCAGCACCCACAGGAGGACCCAACACCUGGCACCCAGCCCCUGGCACCCACAGGAGGACCCGGCACCUGGCACCCAGCCCCCGGCACCCAGCACCCGGCACCCACAGGAGGACCCGGCACCCAGCACCCAGCCCCCGGAACUCACAGGAGGACCCGGCACCUGGCACCCACAGGAGGACCCAGUAUCUGGGACCCAACCCCCGGAACCCACAGGAGGACCCAGCACCUGGCACCCACAGGAGGACCCAGUAUCUGGGACCCAGCCCCCGGCACCCACAAGAGGACCUGGCACCUGGCACCCACAGGAGGACCUAGCACCUGGCACCCAGCCCCCGGCACCCAGCACCCGGCACCCACAGGAGGACCCAACACCUGGCACCCACAGGAGGACCCGGCACCUGGCACCCACAGGAGGACCCAGUAUCUGGGACCCAGCCCCCGGCACCCACAGGAGGACCCGGCACCUGGCACCCACAGGAGGACCUAG